AGAGGAAGAGCGAGCGCGCCGCUAAGACCCAGAGGGCUCUGCGGGCAGCGGGGCGGGCAGAUCGCAGGCAGCAGCGGCUCCAUCACCAGCCACAGAGAAAGGGGAAGAGGAGGAGAAGGGAGGAAGGAAGAAGGGCUGGGGUGGAGGGGGCCCCCCGGGAUGGACAUGGCCUGACCGAGCCCCGCAGCCCCCCCGCGGGCCGGUGCAGGUGUGCCGGCGGCGGCCCCCCACCCCGCUGCGGGCGGCAUCCCCCUCCCCAUGCCGCUGUAGCCGGCGAGGGGCCGCGGCGGCGGCGGCGGUGGCGGCGGCGGCGGCGGCGGCGGGCGAUGCGGAGCGGAGGCCCGGUGGCGGCAUGUUGAGGACGGAGGCAGGCGGCGGGGCGGCCGCCGGCGGGGGGUCCCCCUCCGGCGGGGCGACGGGCGGCGGGGGGCUGCGGAGCGCGUCCCCCCACCGGAACGCCUACGAGGCCACCAUCCAGGCCCUGGCACCCACAAAGGAGGCCGACGGCGAAGACGGCAAGAAAAGCCGGGGUAAGAAGUAUGGCUCCAACGUUCACCGUAUCAAGAACAUGUUCCUGCAGAUGGGGACGGCGCCCGGCCCCGAGGGCGCCUGCGACCUGGCCAAGGCCAAGGAGAAGCCCGUCCGUCUCUCCUUGCCCCGGGCCGGUAGCCUCAGCGAGAGCAUGGACCAGGGCAACCUUCUCAAGCUGGGCACCAGCGUCUCGGAGAGGGUCAGUCGCUUCGACUCCAAACCCGACAAACCCUUCUCCAAGCUGCAGGAGACCCGUAAGAUCUUCGAGAGGAGCCCGCAGGAGAAGGCCACCACCACCAAGCUCUUGCUACGUAAGGAACGAGCCGGUUUCCAGGACCGUAAGCUGGACGUGGUGGUGAGGUUCAACGGCAGCACCGAGUCCUUGGACAAGCUGGACACCGAAGCCGUCUCGCCCACUGUCAGCCAGCUCAGCGCCGUCUUCGAGAAGGCCGACCUCCGUAACAACCUCCAUAAGGCGCCAGGGCGAGCGGGAGGGCCACUCAACGCCAAGGUGGUGGGCAAGCGACCUCGGGUCUUCUUGCCAAGCCCUGAGGCCGGACGGUCAGGUGAUGGCCACACUGCCCCGGCACGAGCCAAGCCACUGGAGGAGGACAAGACAGCGGGGAAGACCAGCCGGCCGGCGGAGAAGGAGACAGCCACCCCACGGGUGCAGGAGGUCUGCAAGAUCAAGCCGGUGGAGGUGGAGGAGAGUGGCGAGGCCGAGGAGGAAGAGGAGGAGGGAACAACAGCGGCAGGUGAACCCGUGCCCGCACCCCAACCGGCCAAGGCGGCCGAGGGUCUGGCGCCCACCGCACCCCGGCUGGAUGGGGGCUUGGGGCUGGCCACGGGCGAGGAGGAUGUCAAGGGCGAGCGGGCAGAGGAGGGCGAUGGCUACGAGGAGGCCAAGAAGGAGGACUUCUCCGAGGCGGACCUGGUGGACAUAAGUGCCUACAGCGGGCUCGGGGAGGACUCGGGGGGCAGCGGGCUGGAAGAGGAGGAGGAGGCCGAAGGGCUGUACGAGCCCGAGUCAGGUUGCGUGGAGAUCCCCGGGCUCUCCGAGGAAGAGGAGCCCGUCCCCAACCGCAAGAUCCAGUUCAGCACGGCCCCCAUCCAGGUCUUCAGCACUUACUCCAAUGAAGACUACGACCGCCGCAAUGAAGACGUCGACCCCAUGGCUGCGUCGGCCGAGUAUGAGCUGGAGAAGAGGGUGGAGCGGCUCGACCUCUUCCCCGUAGAGCUGGAGAAAGACUCCGAAGGGCUGGGGAUCAGCAUCAUCGGCAUGGGCGCGGGGGCCGACAUGGGGCUGGAGAAGCUGGGCAUCUUCGUCAAGACGGUGACGGAGGGGGGCGCUGCCCACCGGGAUGGCAGGAUCCAGGUGAACGACCUCAUCGUGGAGGUGGACGGCACCAGCCUGGUGGGGGUGACGCAGAGCUUCGCCGCCUCCGUCCUCAGGAACACCAAGGGCCGUGUCCGGUUCCUCAUCGGGCGGGAGAAGCCGGGGGAGCAGAGCGAGGUGGCCCAGCUGAUCCAGCAGACGCUGGAGCAGGAGCGGUGGCAGCGGGAGAUGAUCGAGCAGCGCUACACCCAGUACACCGAGGAUGACGAGGAGACGGGUGAAUACGCCACGGACGAGGAGGAGGAGAUGAGCCCCAUGUUCCCCAGCGGCGAGAUGGCCAUUGAAGUGUUCGAGCUGGCCGAGAACGAGGACACGCUCUCCCCUGUGGAGAUGGACCCCGAAAAGCUGGUGCACAAGUUCAAGGAGCUCCAGAUCAAGCACGCCGUCACCGAGGCCGAGAUCCAGCAGCUGAAGAGGAAGCUGCAGUGCCUGGAGCAGGAGAAGGCGCGCUGGCGGGCCGAGAAGGCCCAGCUGGAGCAGAGCGUGGAGGAGAACAAGGAGCGGAUGGAGAAGCUGGAGGGGUACUGGAUGGAGGCGCAGAACCUCUGCCAGGCCGUGGACGAGCACCUCAAGGAGACGCAGGCCCAGUACCAGACCCUGGAGCGCAAGUACAGCAAGGCCAAGAGGCUCAUCAAGGAGUACCAGCAAAAGGAGAUCGAGUUCCUGAAGAAGGAGACGGCGCAGCGGCGGGUGCUGGAGGAGUCGGAGCUGGCGCACAAGGAGGAGAUGGAGAAGCUGCAGGAGAAGAUCUCCGAACUGGAGGCCAAGCUGCAGACUUUGAAAAAUUCCAACCCGACUUAAACCACCCUCAAACCGCAGCGAUUUUGGGGGGGGGCCCUCUACCCCCCCCCAGCCCUGUCCUCCCCACACACCCCCACACACCCCUUCCCCACCGGGGAGGAGGCGAGACCCCCGCCAAGGCCUCCUGGUGCCCCCCACUUCCCUCCCCCGGGGGCACAGACAGCGGGGGGGGGCUGCGGUGCGUCUCGGGGGGUUCCGGGGGGGGGUGGACACCCCGCGUUCGUGUCUGUGUCCAGUGUGAGUCUCGUG